AUGUCCACUCCAGAUGUCCCCACAACCCCUCUGACGAAUUCAAACGGUGCCCUCCCACACGACAGCCCUGUAGAUACACCUCCUCCCUUUGACACCUCACUCUUUAGGACAUAUCUCGUGUCGCUCUUGCCACCGGUACUUGGCGCUCUACCCGAGGACUUUGUAAGCAUGUUUGAUGAAGAAUUCGACGAGAGAGUCACUCGCUUUGCGGCAGAGGGCGGAGGCGUGAUUUACGUGGUGAAAACGAGGGACGAAGCAGAGGAGGACGCGCCGCAGACUUAUUCAUACCACCUAACUUCGCAUCUGACUUAUUCUUCUACGAGUGUUACAUCACUUGCACUCAUCAAACGCGGUCCUACCCUGGAUCCUCUGACACCUCUUGCCACGCAACUACAUAUCCUCAAUUUGUUUGGAGGUGAAGAAACGCCGUACGAGAGUCUGCAUGCCGUCGUGAGCUGUGGUGUUAAGCCCUGGUUUGAUGCUUUUGUUGGAGCACGGGGUGGGGGCAAGGAUGGGGAUAGUAAAAUGGGGAUACCCAUGACCAAGAAGAAGUUUGCCGAGCUGGAAUUGUCAUUAUUGCACCUUCAGCAGAACGUGGAAAUACCUGAGACGCAUUUGAUCAUUCAUCCAGCCAUCCAGCGCGCUGUAGAACAGGCUCAUGCUUCAGGCGCACGUCCAAACAUAUCACACAUACCUCAAAAGCUCCUAAACGAAAGUUCAUUUCUCAACACUUUACACGGACACGUCAACAUGUGGAUCAAGGCUAUUCAAGCAGUCACUAAGCUUUCGCGCGACGUUUCCUCUGGUACUGCUUCGCAAGAAAUCAACUUUUGGCUGAGUCUUGAGCGGGCACUGGAGGGUAUUGAGGCGCAGCUACGCAGCGAUGAAGUGACCAUGGUCAUGGAAUGUCUUCGAAACGCGAAGCGAUAUCUCGCAACAGUCAGUUUCAUGACGGACACUGGCCUGAAAUCUUCUACGGAUCUUGUGCACAAAUACAACCAGCUAAUGAAAGAUUUCCCUCUCAACGAGCUGUUAUCUGCGACAGAUCUUGAAAAAAUCCAAGAAUCAUUGGUACUCAUCUUUGGACACAUCAACCGCAAGCUCAAGCUCUCGCCCUACCCAAUCCGUCGAGCACUACCCCUCGUUGAGGCAAUUUCUCGUGAUUUCAACGACCAGCUAUUGCGCGUGCUGACGUCGCAUAGGCUGUCGUACACUCCGUACGAGACCUUUGACCGCCUACUCGGACAGACCAUGAACAUCUUCCGGACGUGGGAUGAUCUUAUCAAGGAGUUCACAAACGUCGCUCGCGAGGUUAUGCGCAAACGUGGAGAGAAGUUUGUCCCCAUCAAAGUUGUUGCUGCGCACGCGAAACUACAGGAGCGGACGAGGUAUCUGCGUGACUGGAGGAAGCAGCACGAGCAGCUGGCGGUGAUGACCGGGCCCACGAAGGGUUUGGGGAGCAUGGCUAAGGAGGUGGGCGGAAUGGACAUGGAGGAAGAAGUGAAGGAGGCGUAUGAGGUGGUGAAACGCAUCGAUGUUCUCGAUGUUUCUGUUGAGGGCACGGAGAUCUGGGUGGCUGCGGAGAACGCAUACAACGAACGGGUCGCAAGAGUUGAGAACCAAAUUAUUGCACGGCUACGCGACAGGCUAGGCACGGCAAGAAAUGCGAAUGAAAUGUUCAGAGUAUUCUCUAAGUUCAAUGCACUUUUCGUUCGCCCAAAGAUUCGUGGAGCUAUCCAAGAGUAUCAAACUCAACUCAUUGACUCAGUAAAGGAGGAUAUCAAGCGCCUUCAUGAUAAGUUCAAAACGCAAUAUCGGUUAUCUGAAGCUUAUCACAUGUCGCAAAUGCGCGACCUCCCUCCAAUAGCAGGUGCCAUCAUCUGGGCUCGACAAAUUGAGCGACAGUUACUCACCUACAUGAAACGAGUGGAGGAUGUGCUUGGCAAGGGCUGGGAGCUCUAUGCAGAGGGUCAGAAGCUUCAGUCAGAAAGCACCGCAUUCAGGAAGAAGCUAGAGACACGGCCAGUGUAUGAAGCCUGGAUGCAGGACAUCAACCGACGGGACAUGGGUGUCAAUGGCCGCCUCUUUGAGAUCGUGAGAUUACGGGGAGGAGGGUUCCAACUAGCAGUAAACUUCGACCCCCAGAUAAUCACACUUUUCAAGGAGGUUCGUAAUUUGUUAUGGCUAAACUUCCAGGUCCCACACGCGAUCACGAACAUGGCGAAGGAUGCGAAGCGGGUAUAUCCUCAUGCUGUCAGUCUUAUGGAGACUGUCAGAACCUAUGGGCAGACUCUGGAUCUGGUGGAGAAUAACAUGGGCAUAGAGUGGUUGGUUGCUGAAUAUCGGAAUGAGGCUCAGCGGAUGGUUGCCAAAGGUAUGAACAUCAAGUGGGAUUACUUUGUCAACCAGUACGAUACCGCGCGGUACGUGAGCAGUGCCGAUGGACGCGAGAACCGACAUAUCCAAUUCGUGCGGGAGUUUGCGAGUGUUGUGUCUAUCCUACAAGAUAAGACCAACAACGUCAUUGACCUUUAUCGCAACAUUCUUCGAGCGGUCGAGGAUCUCGCAACAUGCCCUUAUACUAGCGAGGCAUUUUCAGAUCUUCUGGGCAAGAUUCAAGCUGCUAUUGAUCGCCUGAAUUUGGAAGGAUACGCUAAUCUUGGACACUGGGUGGCUGACCUCGACAAGCGGAUAGAAGGGAUCUUGCUUCAGCGUUUGGGUUACAUCAUCCAAGUGUGGUGUUCCGAGUUUGAUCGGACAGAUGAUGUUGAUGCUCGCCGCGAUCCACUGCCUUUGCGUGACAUCACCAACAAGCGACGGGCUGGCAAAGGCGGGAAGGAGGAGAGGGUCGCCGAGGGCAACAUGACAGUAAAACCCAUCGUUCACGAAAUUCGGAUACAAAACCAAGUGAUCUUCCUUGAUCCGCCAAUAGAAUAUGCACGUGCGACUUGGAUAAAGCAAUUGCAUGACUGGUUGGGCGUUAUCUGCCGAUUGACACGUAUUCAAAGUUCUCGAUACGAGAUUGGGUUGCAGAUGCAGGGCACGCAAGUGUCAGAAACAACAUAUACUUCUCUGCUCACACGAUUCUCCGACAACACUUUAGAGCGACCGUUUUCUCUCAUAGAACUCAAAGUUCAAAAGCUCAAAGACUAUGUCGCCAAGUGGUUACAGUUCCAGUCGCUGUGGGAUCUGGAGGCGGAAUAUGUCUUCAAUCGAUUAGGGGACUCCCUCGCGCAUUGGCAGCAACUUCUGACUGAGAUCAAGAAAACACGGGCGACAUUUGACACGUCAGAAACGCAACUGAGUUUCGGUGUCUGUGUCGUCGAUUACGAGCAAGUCCAAGCCAGAGUCAACGCCAAAUACGACGCGUGGCAACGGGAUAUUCUCAGUCGUUUCGGUGUGAAGCUCGGAAAUGCGAUGAAGGAGAUGCAUGCCUCGAUCAUGAAGGCGCGAAACGAGCUGGAGCACCAUUCGAUAGAGGGUUUGGUUGGAGGAGCACGAAGAUUUUAA